AUGGACAUGUCACACACCCGCUACGGUGGCGGCAAAAGCUUCAGUUUUGGCAACAUCGCAGGCGAUCCUUUUUGGCUAGGGUCGAUAGGGAUUGGUAUUUCCGGCUGGCUCAUUGCCUUCAUCGCGUCCAUCAUUGCAGAUAUUGGRGAUGAGUUUCCAAACUACUCAUGGUGGUGUUUGGUCUACAUGCUCUUCCUCAUGAUCGCUGUGGYGUUUGUUGUUGGCGCCGAUGCCGUCUUUACCUACCAUGUGGCCAUGACUGGACUCUUGUCCGCCGGCCUUGUGUUUACAACGUCCUCUGUGAACUCGCUUAUAUACUCCGCCCGCCCUGCCAAAGAAGCAGCCGCCGCCGGCUUCAUCUUGUUGUCGAUCGAUUCGAUCAUCUGGAUGAUAUACUUUGGCUCGCAGCCUCAAGCCAGCCAUCGCCAGACCCUUGAUUCAUUCGCACUUCACAAGGAUCGUGCGCCGAGCCGCAAUAGUAAGGCUAUGCRGCAGUCGUUCCGGCCCGAGACGACGCAUUCCGGCCACAAUCAGCCGCAAAUGUACAAUUCUGCCCAACUGGCAGGCUUUGAGACAUCUUCGCCAGUUACAGGCUAUCCAGGUGGUCCGAUGGGUGCAUCGGCAAGAGCCAGUGCGGGUGGUUUCCCUCAGCCGCUGAAUAACCAAUCCUCGCAUCCCACAUUGCAGGGUGGUGCGCCGACGGCAGAUACAUCCGGCACAGGAGCGCCAACAGAGUACCCAUACCGUGCCAAGGCCAUUUACAGUUACGAAGCAAAUCCCGACGAUGCGAACGAGAUCUCGUUCUCCAAACAUGAGAUUCUAGAGGUCAGCGAUGUUUCUGGAAGAUGGUGGCAAGCGAAGAAGGAGAGUGGAGAAACGGGUAUCGCACCGUCAAACUACCUCAUUCUCCUGUGA